AUGAAGCUUGUACAACACCGAGUCCUGCCAUGGCGGCUCUUUGCCCAACCAUCGCAGGCACGCCAAUUCUCUUUAACCCACUCACGACUCGAGAUCAAGAGCAUCUCCGAGCUGCCCUCACGCAUAAAGCCCUCGUACAUACAGUCGCCUGCGAAUACCCUUCUCAGCCUGCAAUGGCCCUCUCCACCGCGCAACGUCCUCGUCACCAAGAAGAAACGGACACCAAACAUCACAGAAUCCGUCCUCGAGUUCACUACCCACAUACACUCCACGUACCCCUCCAUCAACAUCAUACUCGAGCCAGAGUCCGCGCAGGAACUGCAUGAACAGCUCCCUUUCCCCGUAUAUACCUAUAAAAAGGGCCUCGGCGUACCGCAGCAUCUCUCGGAUAAAACCGAUCUGGUCUGCACGCUGGGAGGUGAUGGCACUUUGCUACGGGCUAGUAGUCUGUUCAGCCAGGCGGCAAAUGUGCCACCUGUGUUAAGCUUUGCCAUGGGCACCAUUGGGUUUUUAGGAGAGUUCAAGUUCAGGGAGUACAAGAGAGCAUUUAGAGAAGUGUACAUGAGCGGCGCACCCGACACGUAUUCGACGCUAUCUGACUCAUUGGGCGGCAACCCCCCAAGGCUACCUACGUCGCCCGAGGAUCCGCUUGACAAGCCACUGUCCUACGCAGACAUACGUGGAAAAGCCAUGGGAAGCAACAGAACAGCACGUAUCCUACUACGCAAUCGUCUAAAGGUUGGCGUCUUCGGGCCAGAUGGAAAGAGGAUUGGUGGCGUAGAGGGAGAAGGCGACACGUAUGCCCUAAAUGAAGUGACACUACAUCGUGGCUCGAGUCCGCAUCUCAAGAUCAUCGAUGUCUAUAUCAACAAUCGCUUCCUCACUGAGGCUGUGGCAGAUGGCAUGAUCAUCAGCUCACCCACCGGAUCGACGGCAUACAGUCUUUCUAGCGGAGGAAGCAUAGUGCAUCCGCUCGUUCCGUCCCUACUCGUCACGCCCAUUUGCCCGCGCUCGUUAUCAUUUAGACCCCUUGUUCUGCCUGCUGAAACGCCCAUCACCCUACGUCUAGGGAAGAAGAAUAGAGGCAGAGAAGUCGAAGUCAGCAUCGAUGGCAAAACAAUCACAGAGAAGCUGGGCACUGGUAUGGAAGUUCGAAUAGCUGGAGAGGAGGUGAGGCGAGAUGAUGGAGGAUGGGAAGGCGGCGUACCGAGCAUCGUGCGCGGAACAAUGGGCAAAGAAGAUAUGGCUGAAGACCACUGGGUAGGCGGGCUGAACGCUUUGCUCAAGUUCAACUAUCCUUUUGGUGAUCAAGAUUCAUAG